UGGUUUAAAGAUUGUGUGGACGGUUUAUAACGCUUUUAAUACAACUAGUUUACUGUGCGCUUUAUUAUCUUAGACGGUUUUUUUAGGGUAAUAACGUCAAACUUCGGGAUAACUGACGUGAAAAGAUGCUACUAGCUUAAUAUCGGUAAACUCACGCUUAUUAAAACAGCUAUGCUAAUCUCAACAGUUCCUACAGAUAAUGACUGGAAGGUUGUUUUUUUUCUUAAUUUUAACCUGUCAGCUCGAAAUAAAAAGGUAGCCGGAGACGUAUCUGGGUCAGGUUCAGUGGAAAGUGCACACAACAACGUGUGUGUGUGACCACAGAGGCUUUAAAUGAGUGUGUAUUUACAUUUACAGGAACCAUCAGGUGCGUGUUGGAAGAAUUUCAGGUGCAGCUGCAUUAGUCACACAUGGAUGUCAGGAGGAGGCCUAAUGAUGAUGCCAACUUCCAUCGUCUCAGCUCUGAAUAGUCACGUCAGCCAGCUGAGCAGAUACCACAACAGCCAGCAGAACACGCCUGAGGAGGACGAUGAGACCAUGAGUACAGAGGAGCGAGAAGCCAGCGUCGUCCACAAGCCGGACUCCACAACUAACCCCGUUGGCCACCACGCUCCUCCAGAGCACGCCACCGUCCCUGAUGACCCCCUCAGCCGACACAGGCCGGACAGAGAGCAGGAAUUCAAACACAACCACACUUUCCAUCACCCUGGCCUGAGCUACUUCUCGUAUCAUCCUCCCCGCAGCUUGCCUGCCGGGUACAGCCAGCCCACGCCGUUCCCAAGCCAGGCAAACGGAGCCUGGCUUCACCCGAGCUUUGCCAGCAGCUGGUCGGGGUAUCCCAACAGCCUGCCGUCCUCUCUGAGCCACAAAGAUUUCUCCAGCUGUACUGGAGAGAGCUGCCUUUCAGGGUGCAAGUCCCUGUCCCUGCCUGCUGGACACAGCACCAGUAUGAGCAGUUUAGAGCAGCCGUUUUCACUGUGCUCCAACCCGCCUUCAGCCAACUUGUGUCACCACACGUUGCCUCCGUACUCGUGCUCGCCGAAGGGCGCUGCCUGCUGUGCUCAGUGUCCUGCGGACGCCUUCAACAGGGGGCCUGUGCCCAACAACCCCCCCUGGCCUCAGUACCACCCAGCUUAUGGUCCAUACUUUCCAGUUGACUGCAGACUUCCUGGAGCUGGUUACACACAAAUUGACCUCAACACUCCAGCCAAAGACAAGAACCCUCCUUGUAGCAUACCACUCUCACUGGAGCAGAGAAGAGUGUUUGUCACAUAUGAAGCCGACAAUGACAAGCACGUCAAUGAGAUCAUCAACUUCGUUGCUCUGCUGCGACACAAUGGCUUUGAUACGCAUAUUGACAUCUUUGAGCAGCAGUUCAGGAGUAUAAGCAAGAUAGACUUCAUGGAACGGUACCUCAGCGAGAAAGAGUAUCUGAUCAUCAUCAUCAUCAGUCCCAAGUACUAUGAGACGGUGACAGCCUCCCCUGUUGGCCUGGAGAACGACGAGAGGACCUUCAACACCGUCUACAUACACAAACAGCUCCAGAAUGAGUUCAUCCAGAAUGGAAGCAAGAAUUUCAGGUUCAUUCCCAUCGUGUUCCCCGGGGCCAGAAAGUGUCACGUCCCCAACUGGCUUCAAAACACACACGUCUACAGCUGGCCGCGCGACCGGGACGACAUCCUGCGGCGACUGAUGAGGGUCGAGAAGUACAAUCCGCCUCCAAUCGGCCCGCUACCGACCAUCGUUUCUAUUCCCAUAUAGAGACCUCCACCCUGAAGACACACACUGGACUGGAAUGUUUGAAAAAAAAAAACUGGAGAACUACUGAUCAUAUGGACAUACAGUAUGUGAGCCGGAUGUUUUCCUUUACAUCAAUUUACAUUUUAAGGUGCUGCAUGAACGUUUCUCCUGGGAUAAACAGUGUAAAAAGAGUGUUAUGAAUUCCUCUAACUGCACCGACAAAGUGCCAGUGUUGAAGUCAAAAGAAGGACCAGCAGCUUGUGAACGUGCAUCACACCGCACGCGUUAACCUCUCUGUAUUCCACCUGAUGUUUACUGCUGCUACUGCUGCACAUUAAUCACCUUUACAGCCCGAUAAGGACAUGCAGGUCUUUGUCAACACAAUUUAACAUCUACGGUUCCCCGAAUUUGAACACCUCUGGUUGUAAAAAGAGAGAUUGAUCAUAUUUGUACUCGUAUGAGUAGUCUGAUGACUGUAUAUUUGCAGAAUGACCCGCAAGACAUUUAAUUUAUGAGAAGCAAACACAGACACGUCCUACCUGGCAGCCAUGUUCUUUGUCAUCGUGGCGUCAUUCUGAUGCAAACAGCCGGCCGGCUGGAGGGAGUCGCUGUUGUAGUUUGACGAGCAAACUACAACAGAAUUUACUCUGCUUUCUAAUGACACAUGGCAGAUAUUAUCAGCAUUAUUUGAAAUGUUUUUUUCUCAUUAAAAAAAAAAAGGUGUUUUUAAA